AUGUGGCUGACCUUCAACGAGCCGAACAUGUUCUCCAACGGCUACUCGUCCACCACAGGUUUCACCCCUGGAGCCAACGCUUCGCGCAUCGCAGACCACCUGACGGCCAAGACGAUCCUGCUGGCGCAUGCGCGCGUCUACCGGCUCUACGACCAGCACUUCCGCCUCAAGCAGAGGGGCAACGUCGGCGUCACGCUGGACGGUGCCUGGUACGAGCCACUGACCAACAGUAAGGAAGACGCUGAUGCUUCGGAGCGCCAGCUGCAAUUCGAGGUGGGCCUGUGGGCGAACCCCAUCUUCUCGCUGCUGGGCAACUUCCCCAAGGUGGUGCGCCAGCGCGUGGCGGCCAACAGCAAGCAGGAGGGGCGGGCCACGUCCCGACUACCCACGCUCUCCCCGUCCGAGAUUCACCUCAUCAAGGGCACGGCUGACUUCUUCAGGCUGAACCAUUACUUUUCAUCUUUUAUAACCUCCGGGAGCAGCGGCCAGGAGCCUUCCAAGCUGCACGACACUGGUGUCGUCACAUCCACCAUUCCAGACUACCCGACCGCCUACUGGAUCACGGACGUUCCAUGGGGACUCCGUAAGCUCCUGAACUGGGUGCACAAGUCCUACCCCGGUUACCCCAUCUUCGUCACGGAGAACGGCUGGGGCUACGUCUCAGCUAUCUUGCGAGCCAUCAAUGAAGAUGGCGUGCCAAUGGUCGGUUACACAAACUGGAGUCUAAUCGACAGCCUGGAAUGGAUGGACUGGUACACAAUGAAGUUCGGACUGUACUCUGUGGACUAUGAUGACCCCAAACGACCCAGGACGCCAAAGGCUUCGGUGGCCGUCCUGGCAGACAUUUACAAGAACAAGGCGGUGCCGUGGAAGGACUUCGAGAAUGCCAACACCACGCCACCUUCUUAG